UAAAUAAACAAAGUGAUCAGUAGUGGUGGAAUUGUGUGCCGAAUGUGACUGAUUUUAGAUUGGUGGGCUGGCCUGUUACAUCGUAAGGCAGGGUAAUGGAAAUAUCUGAUUUUCUGUUUUAGUGGUUGGAUAUUGGACCAGACUCACUAGGUGUAUGUGGAGGAUAAGAAGAGACAGGGGACCACAGUGUGAACAUGUAAACUCACAGAUAAACCAUGAUCAGUCACAGACCUCAGACAUAUCUAGUCUGCACAAUGAAGAUAGUCCAGCCACCAUGAUGGGGAGACAACCUUUAAGGGAAAAACUGUUAAGAGUGUGGUUUGGCGUAGAGUCCAGCAGAGGAAGACGGCGGCCAUUGCCCGCCCCUGUAAUGGUGUGUGUAGGGGUGAUCCUGAUGGCAGCAGCUGUGUGUGCCAUCUCCUCCCUCUCCUACAAUUACUACCUCAGAAUCAGGGUCCCCCCAGAUUCACAUAUCCGUAGAAUUCGAUCUUACAGUGAAAACCCCUCUAUUUCUGCUAUUUCUAUCAGUAGUAACAGCAUGGCACUGGUUACCCGAGUUCAUAUCAUGGAUGUAAAAGCCAUGUGCAGGACUGACCCAACACGAUGUGAGACAUAUGCUAUCUGUGACACGCUCCAAGGUGCUUUGAACUGUCGAUGUAAAAGAGGCUACUUUGUUAAAAAUAGGGAGUGUUCAGCCUGCUCCACGUCGUGCCCAGAUGGUUAUUACAUGACACACCAGUGUUCUGCUCAUCAGGAUCUUGUUUGUAGAGAGUGUACCAAAUGUAAAGGUUCAACUUAUGAGGCUGCCAAAUGUUCUAGUACACAGGACACGAUAUGCAUGAAUGUGAAUUUUCCAGUGACCAAUGUAAGGUGGGAAGCUACCAUCCGUGAGCCCAAUAAUUCAACUUCCGUCUCCAUUUCCUCUUCAAACAAUGUAUUUAUGGAGUGUCUGGAGAAUGUCAGAGACAAGGAAAUCCCUCUACCCCUCAACAGUAACCAGAUCCAAAUGGAGUUUCCCAUUAUCCGGAAGUCGGGUCUGGAGGUCAAUGUUAAGGUGUCCCAGACCUACCUCAUUCCGGAGUAUGUGGAUCUGGAUCACGAGGAUGAUGCCCCGUUCUUCUUCCAGAACAAGUUCAGUACAUACAACAUGAAGAAGAGAAUGAGAUUUAUACAGGACAACUAUUGCAGGGACGUGGUGCCUGACUAUUACAAGGUCAUUUUGAACAUUCUUCCUGAUCACUAUACAGUAGCCAGAAUGGACACCUGCCAGCCUACAAAGAGUGACCCCUGUCCAGAGGGAGUGAAGGAGGGAGACCCGUACCUCAAUAGGAAACUCUACAUCAAGUGUCCAUAUUCUGAUGGAAAGGAAUCCAACUUCUCCCAGUUGUUUCAAAGUACCAACAUGAUGUAUUGCUCCCUCCCUAACAGCCUUCUGACAAAUACAUUUGGAUUGGAGGGAACUAAGGUCACGACCCUUAACUUCCCCACCCAGGAGUGCAAACAAAGCAUGGAGCUAUGUCAGGAGUGCCAGCAGCAGUGUGAACAAAAAUCAUCCUCUGCAGAUGACAUUACGUGUUGUAGAGUGACAUGUUUCAGUAAGCGGACAUGUCAAAAGGCGUUCAGUGAAGACUGUCCACAAAGACCUAUAGAGUGUGCCAGAGGCGAUGUAUACAGAUACAGCAUUGAGCCUGUGUUUAAGUCCUUGGAAAAGAAAUUCACAUGUCAUAUGAAGUACAGAAAGCCUCCGAAGCUGUACAAAGUGAGCUAUACUGUGAAGUUGCCCUCUAUCCAGCAUACAUUUAAGACAAGGUACUUCUCACCUAAAGUUACAGACAGAGGAUUCCACCAAACGGGGGAAGCCAGUCAGGAUUUUAUCCAUACCAAGCACUCCACUUACUCCAACAUCCAUGAUGAAGUCAUUUUGACUGGCACUAACUUUGAUGAUAACACACCCACUCGCUUUUACAUGCAGCCCAUGAAAAAACCAGAGGAGUUUAACACUAGAAAGAAUUUUGGGGUUCGGCCAUAUCGGUCGGAAUGGCAAAGUAAUGUUUACUCCACGACUGUGCAGUUUGAGCGUCCUUUUCUAUACAGCGCCAUUACAUGGAGCAGAGGAGGAUGUGAUGCAAAGAACUUCUCCCAGAUUUAUCCCCAGCAACCCCUCCACACAGCAGAGAAAACAAUAAUUGACCCAACUAUCAGCAAGGUGGAUGGAAAGUUUGAGUAUCAAGCUAUUUCCUUGAAGGAGCAGGCUGAGAUUAGAAUAGGAAUUAAAGGAGAUAGGUCUAUUUUGGCCAGUUUUGAGAAGGACAUUGGACCUACUGUCAUCAACUCUAGUAGUUUCACAGGAAAUCUGGAAUGGCAACACUAUACAAGGAGCUGGAACAUCACAGUCAAUGGUACACUACUGAAAUGCCCAGGUUAUCUAACCAUGGAUGUGUAUGACCAGUUCAUGGAAUCCUAUUUUGGAAAGUACGACAUUUUUGUGAAAUGUCCAUCCCCCCAGUUUUCCUUCAGUUUCCUUCUACCAAGAUCAAGAAGUGACACUCCAAAUGUGUUCGCAGUCUUUGUUAAUGACACAAAGGCCUCGCACAAAAUCCUUCUGACCAUGUUAAUCAACCCAACCAACAUCCCUGUUACAACAGAACUUGUUGUUAGAAAACAUGCCACUAACCAGUUUCCAUGGAUGCCAAUUAUUGUCAUACUCAUAUUUUCUGGAAUUCUAGUAACUGUAUUCGUGAUUGCAGCCUUCUGCAUUUCCAGAAUUAGACAAGUUACCACCAAUGAUGUUUUCAAAUAUGCAGGAGUCACUUUCUUAAAGGACGAUGAGAGGUCAAAACAAGAUGAUGGGUCAAGGCCACUGAAGACUCCUAUCUCGCGCAGUGUGACCUGCUGUCUAGUGACUCUCUAUGUUGUUUAUGCUUUGAUGUUUACAUUCUCUGUUUUGUUAGGUGUGUUUUAUAUUGUACAAGGACCUCUCAUUGGAAACUUAACUAUAGUGUCCAAUACCAGUGCUAAAAUUCACCAGGCUGUUGAGCUCAGGUUUCAUAAUAUGCAGGAAUUUGAGAUUUCUGAGAUAUCUCACAUGUACAACCAGACUCGUGAUCGGCUCAGAGCAUGCUCAUACCACAAUCUUCAGGAGAUCAAGAAAAUUGUAGAGCAAAUGCAAGAACAAUUAGAUUCAUUUGUAAAACAUUUCUACAUACAAAACAAAACAAUUGAGAACAUUCUUACCAACACUUUAGAAGAAAAAUCCAAAACUUUGGAAGAAGAACUCUCAGAAUUUUUAAAGGAAUAUAAUAAAACAUUACAAAGUGAAUUUAAAACUGUUCUUUCCAAAUACCAUCAGUUUUUGAAAAGUCUUAUGAAAAAUGAUUGGCUGAAGUUUCCAGAACAGCUUUUCAUUGGUCAGAAGGAAUUGAUUGACAGUAAGCAGGAUAUGGCCCACCUCCUAGGGUUUAUGGACUGGUUGGAGAUUAACCAAGUAGAGGAGACACUUCAUGUUACAGAUGGCAUCAUGAAAACGUUGUCAUCUUCACUCCCAGCAUUGGACUCCAACUUGAAACUUUCCCUAUCAGAUGAUGAUUUAUUGGUUAACUCCAUAGAGGAACUAACUAACCAGCUGACAUCACACAAUUUCCAUAUUCUGGAGAAUGAGUUGAAUUUUAUGCCUUCAAUGGUAAACCAACAUAACUUUUCCUCUUCUAAUCAGGCUAGGAGAGAUUCUUAUUCCUCCACAGCUUCACUGAUAGAGAAGAUGAAGUCUAUUCUGUUUCCAGUGUUCAUUUGUGUGUUUCUAUUCAUGGAUGUGCUUCUUCUGUUGUACCGCUUCACCUGGUUAAGACAAAUGUUCAGAAAAGCCAAGAUGGGCAUAGAGGAAAAAGUGGCUAUGGAUUCUGUGGCAGGGAAAAUUUAUUUCAUUUUGACUGGCAUUGAUGCUGAAAAGCGAGACAAGCCAAGAGAGAGACACUUUAGCUACAGUGAUAGUAAAGAUAUUUAUGAGAGGAAAAAUGAUCUGCUGCAAUAUUUCCAAGGAGGUUCCCCGAAGGGAAAGGAACACAUGUUGCAGCAGAUUUACUCACAGAAGCGUUCCAAGCAAAGAACAACAAUGCCUGCAGUGCAGGAGAAAGUUGACUCAUACACAAUGGUGAAAAAAGUGGCAAGAUUUGUGUAUAAACAUCUGAUUUCUCCUUUACUAUGGAGAAUUGUGCUUGUAGGUGCUUUUAUUUUAAUUAUUUCACUAGUUACCAUGACAACUAAUGACCUUGUCACCAUUGACACUGCUACUUUCCUGAUGGAUACGAAGUCCAUAUUGCCUCAACUCCACAGGCAAAUAGAGAUCUCUAACAACUUGCUGAGUGAUUUUGCUGUGUUAAGCAAUGAAAUGCUGACAGAUUUCCAAACCAAAACAUUCAUGGAAGUGAAUGAUAUUAACUUUUUAUUAGGGCACACUGUACAAAAACAUACCUCCAUUGUUCAAAAUCUUGUUCAAGAACUAUGUUCCAUAGAAAAUGCUUCACCAUGUCAACAAGUCCAGCCCUCAUUAUCUCUCCUAGAAUCUCUACAGACCUGUAACUUUAUGCCAAUUUAUCCACAGUAUCUUCAAGAAUUUCAAGAUGCCACAUUUAUGGAGUAUCUUCAUACUGAGUUACUUCCCUUGGUAGUGACUCUUCGGCAAAUCCUUUUUAACACCUGCUAUAUCCUGUUUGGAUUUGCAUGCCUCAUGCUCAUCAGUCAAAUUUUCAUCCGAGUCAUCCUCUUCUAUCUCCUGAAGACAAAUCGUCUGCCAAAGGUCACCAUGUACCUGGUGUCCAAUGCCAAUGAGUGCUGGAAGGCCAGUCCCAUGAGUCCCCACAGUAGUGUCUACCGCAGUUAUUCUCUGAUAGAGAGUUGUGAAAGUGGCGUUGUGGGGGACAUUGAUGAUCAUUACAGAGAUCCCACUACACUCCACCCCACCACUCAUCCUCAUUAGUACAAAAUAUAGGGAUCCCACUACUCUCCACCCCACCACUCAGCCUUAUUAGUAAAACUAAAGGAAUUCCACUUCACUCCAUCCCAACACACAGCCACAUUCAUGAAUCUACAGGGAUCCCACUACACUCCACCCCACU